CCGAUUGAACACAGUAGAGAGAGUAAACUCAAAACCCUCGAAUCCUCUCAAUCGAUCGACAACCGCCAUUGUUUACAAAGAAGAGAUCUCUAGAUGAGAGGUGCUUUAGGAAGAAGAUUCACAAACCCUAAUGGCUUCACCAUUGCAGCAUCCAUAGUCAAACAAACUCCAUUUCUCACCCAAUCCACAUCUCAUUUCUCCUCCGACUCCGCCGGCCGUGGUCGUGGACGUGGUUCCGGUGGUGAUGGAGGGUUUCCCGCCGUUGGAAGGGGACAAUUCGGUGUGAAUCGUGAACCGGAGAAGGCUUGCGAACCGGUGGUUCCUGGACGUGAACCGUCGUCGUCAUCUGCCGGAGGUUAUGGUCAUGGUCGUGGUCGUCCGAUCCAAUCUGAUUCGGUUUCUCCUGCGUUUUCUUCUUUCGGUAGACCUGAUUCUUCUAGCGUUGGCAGUGGUAGAGGAUCCCUUGGGUCAGACUCCGUUUCACCUUUCGCUGCUGAUCCUCCUCGCCAUUCGCCGCCUCCACCGCAGCAACAACAACACUCACAAUCGCAGCAGCAGCACAGUGAUGAAUCUCAGGGAAGUCCUGUAUUUUCGAAGCUACAGGAGAUGAAGGACGUAACUUCUUCGCCACCACCACCACCAGAGUCUAAAUCUGGUCAAGCUGAUCCACCUAUUACCAUAUUCAAUGCGUUAGGAAGUGAGGUUUCACAUCCAAGUGGAGCAGGUAGAGGGAAGCCUCUUGUGGAAUCUGCUCCAAUCCAACCAGAAGAAAACCGUCACAUUCGACGUCCUCAGCCUCCACCACCGCAACAGCAACAGCAGCAGCGUUCACAGCCGCAGCAGAAGAGGGCUCAAAAGCCUAGGGAUGAAACUCCCAGGCCACAAUUGAGUAUGGAAGAGGCUGGAAGAAGAGCAAGGAGCGAGCUUUCGCGCGGCGAAGCUGAAGGAGGAGGCGCUGUGAGGGGAAGAGGAGGGAGAGGAAGAGGAAGAGGAGCAAGAGGGAGAGGCAGAGGCAGAGGUGGUGAAGGAUGGAGAGAUGAUAAGAAAGAAGAAGAAGGUGAACAAGAGGCUAUGAGUAUAUUCGCUGGAGAUUCAGCUGAUGGAGAGAAGUUUGCUAAGAAAAUGGGACCUGAAUUGAUGAAAACGUUAGCAGAAGGUUUCGAAGAAGUAUGCGAAAAGGCGUUGCCUUCCACUACUCAUGAUGCCAUUAUAGAUGCCUAUGACACCAAUCUCAUGAUUGAGUGUGAGCCAGAAUACAUUAUGCCAGACUUUGGAUCGAAUCCUGACAUUGAUGAGAAGCCACCAAUGUCUCUGCGUGAGUGCCUUGAGAAAGUGAAGCCUUUCAUAGUGGCUUAUGAGGGAAUCAAGGAUCAAGAAGAAUGGGAGGAAGCAAUUAAUGAAGCGAUGGCACAAGCUCCCCUUAUGAAAGAGAUUGUUGAUCACUACAGUGGUCCUGAUCGAGUAACUGCCAAGAAACAGAAUGAGGAACUCGAUAGAAUUGCUACAACGAUUCCCAAAAGUGCACCUGAUUCCGUGAAACGAUUUGCAGAUCGUGCAGCUCUUACUCUUAAGAGUAAUCCUGGUUGGGGAUUUGACAAGAAAUACCAGUUCAUGGACAAGCUCGUUUUGGAGGUGUCACAAAGCUACAAAUAAAUAACUCAGAUUUUAAACUUCUUUAAAAGCUUCAUUGGUGGUUGAGUUUAUAUAGAUCGUACUCUAGAUCUUGCCUCUACUUAAAAACGGUACCCAUUUCUUUUCAACAAGUACUCGAAAUUUGGGCGUUGGCUUUUUCGUCAUACGUUUUGAGGGUUCCCGUAAUAACGUCAUUGUUCUUUCGAUUAUUGUUACUCAAGAGAUUGUAUUGUAUCCUUUUUCUUUAAGGGGUCAUAAAGGGCUUAAGCCUGUUCUUAAAAAAUCUGUGUAAUAGAAAAGAGAAUGGUUCUUGACUGUUAGUGUUAA